AUGGCUUCAGGCACAAACGAGAUGGACGUCAAGCUGCGCUUAGCGCACGCCUUUGGAGUCUAUCCAUGUCCGAUCAAAGAUGCGGUGAUAUCCUUGGGUGAAGACACCUUUGCAUUUUGCGUGGGUCGGCAUGUGGCGUUAUGCCACCAGAGCCGGCAGCGCUUGUGCUUCCUGGGUCGCGAGACCAGGCAUCGUAUUGUUACUGCUAUGACAAAGUCUCACAGCGGCAAGCUCAUCGCAAUUGGCGAGCGGGUUGGGUCAGAGGAUGGAUCGAAUCACGCAGCACAAAUCAGCAUCCUUGGUGUCCCAAAGGAUCUGGGAGACAACAAGGACAUCAAGGAUGAGACACUGAAAGUGCUGCAUCCCAACAAGAAAUUGGACAUCAUAGAUCUGGCCUUCACGGGGGAUGGAAAGCACCUGGUCUCUUUGUCCAGCAUGCCAGAUUGCACAGUGGCGUUCUGGCGCUGGGAUGUUGAGAAGCUGAUGUCUUCGCACGAUCUGCAGAUCCCUGUGAGCCGUGUGCAUGUGAACCCCAGCAAUGUGGCACAAAUCUCCGUAGGAGGGCAUUCCUACCUCCGGCUCUGGGAUUUCAAUGCUUGGAGUCAUUCAGAUCAGGGGCUCACUGAACAGCCCUCUCUCUUUCCGUUGAAGAAGGAAAAAGCAAUGAAGGUGGUUGACCAUUGCUGGGCGCUCUCAAACUUUCUCUGCGCAGCUAGCGAGGAUGGACAUAUUCACAUUUUCCAGGACGGUGAGCUGGUGCAGGAUGUGGAUGUCCAGGCACAAAUCAAGAAGGACGAGUCCUCAGGCCCCAAAGCUGAGGAGGCGAAACAGGUGGCCGCCCUCAUGGGUGCGGCGGGCCUGGUGGGUGUGCACGAAUCACCUCCAGUACGUCUGACCACAAUUUCCGCCUGGCUGCAAGGAUUUGUUGUGGGCGGCGACCAGGGAUACUUGGGCAUUUUCAAGAUGGAUUCCAAAGCGCAGGUGGAAUCCGUGGGCACCUUCCGGAUGCCGGGCGAGAAGGCAGUGAUGUGGAAUCUCAGCACCAGCACCGAGGAGAGCAGCUUGGUGAUCUUAUCCUUUGAAGAGCACGAGACCGAGUCCAUGAUGUCGAGCACUGGCACUCGGUCGCGUGGUGGAAGUGCUUCGAGGCACUCCACGGUGUCUCGUGCUUCCUCUGCUGCUCGUCCACGUCCACCUACCGAAAAGUGGUCCCUCCACACGUUUCCAAUGUCACAGGCAGAUCUGGCUGCAACUGGUCAGGUGGAAAACUUCUCACCGGUCUUUGAGCACGGAACGCAUCAUGGAUUGGUCACUGCCCAGCUCUUAGAGAAGAUCUUCUCCAAUCGCCACGCUGCGUGCAGCACGGAGUAUGAGGCCAUCAAACCUGCCUUCAGUCUGUCGCCGCGUGAUGGCGAGCUGCGCAGAGGAUCGGACUUUGAAGCUUUGGAACUUCCCAACCGAAGAGCAGGAGGCAUUGCCAAUGCCCUUCACUCCGGAGCUGAGUCUGCAGGCAGAUGGAGCUAA